AAUCAUCAGGGGAAGAAAGAAUAAAUCCCGAAAAGGGGACCCACGCCACGCUUUAAGUCCAAUCAGAAACACAAGAUUAACACGACCUAACCCACGAUCAAACGCAAGGGUUGGUUCCUGUUACUACUGCGAAUUCGAGUAACCCUGCCCUGCCUUUUUUCCUUCUUUUCUUCUUUUUCUUCUUUUUUUGCCCAACCCCCUCCCUCCUCUCUUUGAAUCAACAAUUCCAACAAUCGAACGAAGCCGAGUCCCGUGGAAAAAAGCCAAGCACAGGUGCCCCGUGCACCGCACGGGUAUCUAAUCAUCUUCUUCCAAACUUGUUUCUUUCUCGCUCCUUAUAAAUACCCUGCCCCGCCCCUUCGUUCUUCAACCUCACAUUCCCAUUUGUCUCCUCUAUCUAAUCAUCUUCCACUUUCUCCUCCCACCUGCACCCAUAAUUUCCACAGUAAAGGCUACGUACCCAGAAGCUAAAAUGAGAACUAUUCCCAAAUCUUUCAGUCCCUCCAGUAGUUCCCUGGCCCCUGUCGCUUUUUCAUUGGGCUCUGCUCAGCGCUCUCCAUGGCACUCUCCGGUUCCUUACCUCUUCGGAGGGCUUGCUGCCAUGCUGGGUCUCAUAGCCUUUGCGCUUUUGAUCUUAGCCUGCUCUUACUGGAAACUUUCUAGCUUCUUGCAAAGCGAAGACGGAGACUUGGAGAGCGGCGAAGCCCAGAAACAGAGCGACUCUGCCAACAAGGAAGCCGUCAAGGUUUUUGAGGAGAAGAUUCUGGUCAUUAUGGCCGGAGACGAGAAUCCCACAUUCUUGGCCACCCCGGUGUGCUCCAAGUCGUCAUCUCUCGGAGACCGAAUAGGCAAGAUUGGGGUCCACGAUCACGACAACUCAGAGAAGCUUGGGAAGGAGCCAGAGUGCGACAACCACCAAGGUCACCAAGACGAGCAGCGACAACAAAACCAGCAGUGAAGAUGGUCGUGUUUUAGGUAAUAGAUUUGAGCGCGAGGGAGUCUGAGAAAUUGAGAAUCACAUUUGUCUCUAAUUUUUGUGAACAUUUUUACUUUCUUCUUCUCUUCGUAUCUUGCCCGUAUUUUGGAUUUUGGGCCAUCGACCUUGCUGGUCUUCCACGAUUCGGGAAGUGUAAAUUUUAGUUGAGAAGAAUUAGAAAUGAGAACUCACGUUUCAUUCAAAGAACGGGCAGAUUCCUGUGCGUACUGGAAAAUAAAUAAGCCGUCACUUAUCUUGACAUUUUUCCGACGGAGAGACAAAGCCGAGACCUGAAGGGAGGGGAGAGAGAAAGAGAGAAAUGUGGAUCCACGGGCGCAGGGCGACACGUGAGAGUUAUAAACAGGGUAGAAACGGAGCGUGGCAGAGCAUAGCUUAGGCGGCUGCGGGAGGCCGCGUCGCUUUUACUGUUGUGUUUGACUGCACUGUCAAUUAAUGUAGCCAGUAAUGUGGAUCUGUUAAAGUUCGA